AAACUUUGUACGGCCGUAUGCUUCAUAAAUUGCUUAAACUUUCAGGAUAUGACAGGACUUGAUGCUUGUAAAACAAAUUUUAUGAAUGCAUCGAAUUACAAGGAAUGGCAGAGGUUUCAAGACUUCACCAGUGAGGGUCAGCCCGCUAAAAGGACUUGCCUCCACAUUACCAGCUGCCACCGCGGCGAUUAUGUUGAUGUCAUCACCUGUUUCGGCACGGACUUUAGUAUCGCAGCUCUGCUGAGUCCUCAAGAUCAAAAGUAUCUCGCCUGCUGGUCCCCCGACCCGCACGACCCCGCUGUGCGGCUCCUUUUUGAGGCAUUUGCACAAGCUCAAAUUACAUUUAGUGACGGACACUUCAUAAUCGGCAUCAUAAAGAACAGCACAAUUGAUUGCGGCUACCUCUGCUGCGACCACGCAAUCCUCCGUGUGGGUCCCCCCCUGCACCUGGACGGCGAAGGUGCGGGGCGGCUGCUGCCUUGUGCACCUCGGACUAGCUGCGUCUCCACCGCCAACUUCAUGUCCCCCUCCCAGUACCUGGCACCCUGGAGCUUCGACCCCUUGGAGCCGGCACAGGCCAAGAGGCUGCUAUUGGACGAGCUUCGCACACGGGGAGGAACCGUCGUACAGGAGGAUGAGGCCAAGGGCUACAUAGCCGCGUUGGUGCCGUACCAGUUAGCCCCAGGUCGUCAGGACGUUGACCUAUUGGAGUUCAAAUUUGCGACGGGCGGCGGGGCGGCGGUGGCGUUCAGGUCCGAGGCGCACAUCAACACGCCUCCCCCGCCCUUCUGUUGGACCCCCGGCUGCAUAUCGGGGCCGGGGAACCGGGCGCGGAUGGAGCAGCUGCGGAACAGCCUGGGCUGGAGCAGCAUGGAGACUGACGAGGACAAGAAGUGGGUGCAGAUACUGCUGCACGACUGAUGACGAGUACGUACACCAUGAAGGUGAUGGUAAUGAUAACGGAAAGGAGGACGAGGUUCGGUUUCUUUCUGGCGCUUGGCGGAAAACUAGUCUUUAGUGUUGUGUCCACACAUGAUAUUCCUUGUUGUAUCAGCAGCAGUCGAUUUUCAAGUUUCUUUGUUUUCAGGAUCUUCACUUGGGCGACAUUUAUAUAUCUAUAUGCGUGUUUGGGGGGGCCUUGCCGUGCCGGGUUGCGGCGCGGACCAAGGUCGUGUUGAGCUGUCAGGUUUAGGCGUCCAGGAAGGAGCGCACUUGUGCGCGUAAAAAGCAAAUAUGUAUAGAUAUGUAAGUAUACAUGUAUG